UCCUCUGUGAUUGGCCUCCGCCGGGGUCCUCGCGCCUGUCCAAUAUGUCGGCGCCCACUGGCGGUGUGAAUUGUGAGGAGUUCGCCGAGUUCCAGGAAUUACUCAAGGUGAUGAGGACGAUUGAUGACAGAAUAGUACAUGAAUUAAACACUACGGUUCCAACAGCUUCCUUUGCAGGAAAAAUUGAUGCCAGCAAAACCUGUAAACAACUUUAUGAGUCUUUGAUGGAAGCACAUGCCAGCAGGGAGAAAGUAAUAAAAAAGUGCAUAGCUCAGACGUCAGCAGUAGUAAAGACUCUUCGAGAACAAAGAGAGAAGGAUUUGAACAAUUUAACAUUAUUAAAGCAAAUUAGAAAAGAGCAAACAAAGUUGAAAUGGAUGCAGUCAGAACUGAAUGUUGAAGAAGUAGUAAAUGAUCGGAGCUGGAAGGUAUUUAAUGAACGCUGCAGAGUUCACUUCAAGCCUCCAAAGAAGGAAUAAAGAAGAAUACUAAAGGAGACAGUGAUAUCCUAAGAGCUGAGCAAGACAGACAAAGAAAGGGCAGGGUGCUUAGAAGGAUGAUUUCUGAGCCAACAGACCUUUUGUUGAUUUCAGGCCCACUACGCCAAGACCUCAAAUAUAAAUAAUUCUAAUAAUUAUGGAGAAAUCAACUGCUAUUUUAUACUGAAUCUAUGAAAAAAUGUUUUGUAACUAUUAAAAUAAUUUUCAGACUGAG